AUGGCGAUCCUUCAGCAACUUCUCCCGUGGACAAUCCCGCUAUUCAGAUCACUUGACAGCCUCUCCUCCUCUAAUGCGUUACCGGCACCUUUCAGAUCUGGUGCUUUCAUCCGGCAGAACGCCAUCUUCUCCUCUGCCUCUCCAUCUGGUUUCAAAGUCUCUGUCACCGCGGGGUCCACGCAUAGUAAUGACGCGCACGCUGGCAGUGCCGAGUGCACACGCGAACAGAACUCUCGCAUCGCUCGCGAGGUGCAGAGGACCAGGCAGGUGCUUGCCGAAAUCAAGAACGGUCUUCCUGGCCCUCGACCGGCUCAACACACUUCGGCUCCGAAAAGUGCAGGUGGCCAUGACGAACGGGCGGCGCUCUCUGGGCCGGUAAUGGAGACCUUCCCGUUCCAGCUGUUCGGUCCUUCGAGCGAACUCGGCUUCCAACCCUUCCGGUUCUUCCGCGAUGGUACCGGACUCACCCUAAGGUCCUCGCAUUGUCGCCGUGUUUGCGCUAUUGGGGAGGUCUGCUAUGCGUGCAGCUGCAUACGCGGCGAAACGGCGUUCAAGAAACUGCAUGCGCGCGCCGUGGAGCGGGUAUUUCCCUUUUCAGAACUGGCCCACUGUCACCAUCGCCAGCUUCGAGGGCUCAUCCGUACUAGUGAAGAGGACAACGUGCGGUCGCGAAGCAGGGUGCGCAGUAUGAACGCGCAGCUGGACCGCCAUCAUGCGCCUGCCGCGGCACCCCGCGAAUACACCCUGUUGGCGCCCGAUGCGGGCGAUGUGUCCGAGGCAUACGGCGGUAAGGUGCAUUGCUUCCAGUGCACUGCGCCGCUUGAUCCGGCUGAAGCGCGUGCACACGUUGGCGCGCACAUCCUUCGCUGUCAGUUCGGAGUGAUUGGCGAGCGUCUGCAGGGGCGGGCCCGAUUCCCGAACUCGUGUCGAUUCUGCGGUCGCUCUGGCACCUGCACGCUCGCGCUCAUGAAGCUCGCGGGGGAAGUGUCUGACUUAACCGCAGGGAAGGUCGAGACGAACUGUCCUCGUGCUCACACAUUCUCCAUAGCAUGGGCCAAGAAAGCAUCCAAGAGCAAACCAUCUACCAACGUACCCAUCGCCUGUCCUUUCUGCCCCGCCAACCCGGUAACAAAACAGUGGCCUGCGUUCUGGAAGUAUAACAUGUACAGUCACAUCCGAAACGAGCACCCGGAUCACUGGAAUUUCGCAAAGGAACAUCCGACGAAUCUUUCCGCCAACCUCGCAAAGGAACAUCCGACGAAUCUUUCCGCCAACCUCACUGACAUUAUCUUCCUUACCGCGGACGAGCUUGAAUUCUUGGGCAUUCCGUUGCCAUCUGGCAAAGAGGACGAGUUAGACGCCAUUUGUGUCCCGCCCUAUCCACUAUAUGUUGCCUCUGACCAUUCCCAUAGCGAAGACCGCAUCUGA